AUUUGAAUAGGGUGAGGCCAUUUCUGGACACUGCCUGAGCAUUAUGUCAGCUAUGUAAAUAUGAAAGACCUUUUCUACAAGCUAUAAAGUGACAGAAAAAACAACAUAAGGGUAUAACUUCUGUGGUAAAGUGUAACCUUAUGAUUACCUAGUGACAUGUAUGAGAUGCAUACCAUUGAUGAUAUUUCUGUUUAAUCGAGUCUUGUGGACUAGUCAGUGAUUACAGUACAGGGCAGCAGGUGUGUGUGUAGAGGGUGGAGCUGAACAACACAACGUGGUUGUCUUUUCUCUAACCCAGGAAACUCAUCAAAACCUCAGCUAGUGAACUAAGGCUGGUUGCACUAUUACGGACCUCAUCACAUUUUUUUUUUGAACGCUGUAACGCUUCUCUACACCUCCUGAAAGCUGUGUAAGUAGAUCACAAAUGCUGUCUUUUUAGAAAUAUUUAAAAACCUUAUUUCUUUAGAAGGUCAUUGUAAGGAGUCAGUCUGUUGCUAAUGAUGAAAUGGAAAUUAAGUUCAGUGCCUGACCUCAUGUGAAUGCAGCUAAUCUUUCCUACUGUCAGAUGGAAGAAUUAUUUUCAUUCAUUACAAUAUCUAAGAAUAAGUAAAACAUAUCCCAAUGUAUUUCUGCCUCUCAGACAGGUUGUAAAAAGGCCAUCCACCAAACCAAAAUGGAUAAGUUUCGUAUGAUGUUCCAGUUUCUUCAGUCCAACCAGGAAUCCUUCAUGAAUGGCAUCUGUGGCAUCAUGGCCCUGGCUAGUGCUCAACUCUAUGCAUCUUUUGAGUUCAACUGCCCCUGCUUGCCUGAAUACAAUUACGCCUAUGGGAUUGGCAUUUUGGUAAUCCCAGCUUUUUGGUUCUUCCUGGUCGGCUUUGUUCUGAACAAUAACGUAUCCAUGUUAGUAGAAGAAUGGAGGCGACCAACUGGGCAGAGAGGCAAGGAUCCUACGAUCCUACGUUAUAUGUUCAUUUCCAUAUCUCAGCGAUCCCUGAUUGCUCCUGCCGUUUGGAUUUCAGUCACAUUAAUGGAUGGGAAGAGCUUUCUUUGUGCUUACAGUGCGGACCUAGAUGUGUCUCAGUUUGGUAAUGCAACUGGACAUGGGUUAUCAGAAGAGGAGCUCAUAAGAAUGCUUGCCAAAAUCCCUUGCAAACAAAUAUUUGAUGGCCAACACAUUAUAUCUAGAGAAGCAGCUACCCGGUACAUACGGUGUGUGUCACAGGCAUUUGGCUGGCUUUUCCUGCUGCUCAUUACAGUCAUUGCUUUCCUGAUCCGUGCCAUUCGACCUUGCUUCACCCAAGCCGCCUUCCUCAAGACGAAAUACUGGUCACACUAUGUUGACAUUGAACGGAAGAUGUUUGACGAGAUCUGCACGGAACAUGCCAAGAGUUUCGCGAAAGUCUGCAUCCAGCAGUACUUUGAGAGCAUCAGUGGGGAGAUGCGUAGCUUCCAUGGCCACCUGCAUGGGGACGACAGUGAUGAUGAUGAUGACGACGAAAAGCACAAAAGUGAUGAAGAUAAACUGCUAGGAAUUCGGGCCCAGGAUGAUAUGAAUAAAGUUCUAUGGAACUGGCACACAUGUAAGCCUCCACUAAGUCUGAGGAAGGAUGGAGUCGGUGAUGAUGCUAACGGGAAUGCUAACACCCAAGAAAAUGGUCUUCUUAGUAAGGCUAAUGUAAAUGGCACCACAGUGCAAAAUGGGUACGAUAAUGCUAGUUUUAGCAUAGACCAAAAGGGGUUUGGGAGUGGAUACAAUAAUGCUCAUUUUGGCAUAACCCAAAAUGACUUUUCGAAUAGCUUUGUGAAUGGUAAUGUUAGCAUGAACCAGCACACCUUUGUGAACGGAGAAAGUUACCCAUCAAACACUAUUCAGAGGAAAGAGUGGGCCGUAUACUACAGCAAGGUCUGAAAUUGUCUACGUCCAAAAUGGUGCUAGUUCACUAGAACUGGUUAAGUGAUUCCAGAAGUUGAUCAUCUAAAAAGCCAUAAACAGAAAGCAAA